UGCAUUCUCCUCCAACAUAUGGUGCAUAUCCAAGUAAACCGAAAUAUGCGUAUUGUAUUUGUCGUCUCAAUCAUUCUGCAAUUGUUUAUCACGUGCAAGUGUCAAACAUUACCGCACUUUAUUAAUAAAUGCCGUUUCGGCGAUUCGAAAUGCAUAAUUGAAUCCAUGAAUGCGGUGAUCAAACGUUAUCCUCGAGGCUUGGCCGCCAUGGGCAUGAAGCCCAUCGAUAAUGUGGAUAUUAAGGAUUCGGAAAUUUGGAAUAAUGCCGAAGUUGGCGGGGUUUGGUUUAAGUUUAAGCUCUUCAAUCAAGUGAACUAUGGCUUCGAGAAUGCAACAAUAACGCGCAUCAAGGGUUUUGGUAGGGACCCCACGGCCAGCACCAUGGAAAUUCACGGCCAGAUACCAAGUCUCAUACACAAGGGUAGCUAUAUAGCCAAUGGACGUGUUUGGCUGAUCGCACUGAAUGCUACGGGCGAGUCCACAUCGGAUUUUCAGAACUUACGGUUUGUAUUAAAACUGAAAGUCAUACCGGAAUAUCGGAAUAACAAGCGCUACCUGAAAAUCUACGAACUAGUUCCGAUCGUGAACAUCAGUCGCUGGAUUGUCUGGCUGGAUACCUUGUUUCCCGACAACAUGGAUCUAACCAUAACGUUAAACGAAGUGCUCAACGCGAACUGGUUGGAAUUCUGGAAUGAACUGGAACCGGCGUUUCUGAGCGUUUUUAGCAGUGUAUUCACAGGCAUGAUUGAAGAUAUUUUUCAAAAAAUUUCCUAUGACGAUAUGUUCCUCAAGGACAAUGAGACUGAAAUAAAUUAUUAAGCCAUAAAUCA